AGCUCGACAAGAACAUGAUUUGGAAUCUGAACAACAUGCGACGUGCGCCAUUGUUAACUUCCAAUUGCUGCAACCAAAACUCUGAACCUCUUUCUCAGUUCCCAUCAACUUCACCUUCCUCUGCUUCACUUUCAAUUCACUCAAUCGCCAACAACACACUCCUAAACCCACGUUAUCAUUGGCUGAAUCAAGCUCCACUCUGUUGUGAUUCCGUUUUUGAAGAAUAAUGGUAGAGAAUCCAGGGCCACUGGCUCGGUUUCAAGCACCCUUUACUUCUCACAGGACCCUUUUUGCGUUUCUGUGUGUUGCUACGUUUGCUUCUGUUUUUCUGUGGCAGGGGAAUGAGAUUAAUGGGUUUUUGGUGUUGGGUGGUGUCGUUUCGGGGUGGACGCCGCCGUUGCUGCGGCCGGUGGCGUUCAAUUUGACGGAUUUUGGUGGGGUUGGUGAUGGGGUUACUUUGAAUACUGUGGCCUUUGAGAGGGCUGUUUCUGCUAUUUCCAAGUUGAGGGAGAAGGGUGGUGGCCAGUUGAAUGUGCCACCUGGUCUUUGGCUUACUGCACCAUUUAAUCUCACCAGUCAUAUGACUCUUUUUCUAGCUCAAGAUGCUGUCAUUCUUGGAAUUCAGGAUGAAAAGUAUUGGCCAUUGAUGCCUGCAUUGCCUUCAUAUGGGUAUGGUAGGGAGCACCCUGGGCCUCGAUAUGGCAGUUUGAUUCACGGUCAAAAUCUUAGAGAUGUUGUGAUAACAGGGCAUAACGGUACCAUAAAUGGACAGGGACAAUCAUGGUGGACAAAAUAUCGCGAGAAGCUUCUGAACCACACAAGAGGGCCACUUGUUCAAAUCAUGUGGUCUAGUGACAUUGUGAUCGCAAAUAUUACUUUGCGUGACUCUCCUUUUUGGACACUUCAUCCAUAUGACUGCAAGAAUGUUACAAUAAAAAAUGUCACCAUAUUGGCUCCUGUAUAUCAUGCUCCAAAUACUGAUGGCAUAGAUCCUGAUUCUUGUGAAGAUAUGUUGAUAGAGGACUGUUACAUAAGUGUGGGGGAUGAUGCAAUUGCAAUAAAAAGUGGGUGGGAUCAGUAUGGAAUUGCUUAUGGAAAGCCUUCCAAGAAUAUAAUAAUCCGAAACCUUGUGGUUCGCUCUAAUGUCAGUGCUGGCAUCUCAAUAGGCAGUGAGAUGUCUGGUGGGGUAUCCAAUGUCACAGUGGAGAACGUUCUUGUAUGGGAAUCUCGGCGUGCCAUAAGGAUCAAGACUGCACCUGGAAGAGGUGGAUAUGUGCGACAAAUAACUUACCGGAAUCUAACGUUCAACAACGUCCGUGUUGGAAUUGUUAUCAAGACAAAUUACAAUGAACACCCUGAUGCUGGAUAUGAUCCCCUGGCAUUUCCAGUACUUAGUGACAUAAGUUUCAUCAAUGUGCGUGGCCAGGGAGUUCGCGUGCCGGUACGUAUUGAAGGUAGUAAAGAAAUUUCAGUUAGAAAUGUGACUUUCCAGGACAUGAAUGUUGGCAUAACCUACAAGAAGAAGCAUAUCUUCCAGUGUGCCUUUGUCGAAGGUCGGGUAAUAGGUACUAUCUUUCCUGCUCCCUGUGGGAACUUUGAUCAAUACAAUGAACAAGGGGAGCUGGUUAAGCAUGCUGUGUCACAGAAUGUAACAGAUAUAGAUUAUGAAAUUUGAGGUAUCAGAUUUCCAAAGUCUAGACCCUGUUCCAUUUAUCAGGCCUCAAUUUAUGUCUGAUUUUAUGGAUAACUAGUUUUGUGGAGGGGUUGGAUCAGUCAAGUCAUGCCUUUUUUCUUUUUGGGUAAUUUCAUUCCCUUGGUCCAUUUUUAGCUUUCUUAGGUGAUGAGUUUGUAUAUAGGAAAAAUGUUCAGAGAUGCUUAUAUAAAUGUUACAAGAUUACACGAAUGCAUUAGCCGCAUGCUCAUUUAUCAUUUGAUUUGUUGCGACAGUA